CCUGAAACCCUUCCCCGUGUGGUGUAGGAAAGGGCAGAGAAGCGGGUUCCCCUGGCGUCGUUAACCAUGUCGGGUAGAAAGCCCCGGUCUGUGGCAAACCCUCUGGAGUCUGCGAUCACCACACCGAGUGAGAGGAUACUGAAGGAGUGCCACAAUCUGUAUGUGGACAGCGAAAACGGCUUGGUAAAAAUUGCCAGCAGCCUGGGAGUCCGUCUUCUGCCUCCCAGAAAGAAGAUCAUCGUGAUGAUAAUGGGUAACCACUCUGCAGGAAAGAGCUCCUUCAUUAACUGGUAUGUUGAAGAGCACAUACAGAAAACUGGGGUGGCCAUCGAAACGCAGGGGUUUACCUUCAUCACAAGUGGACGCAAAAGAGAAUCUCUGACGGGGAAUGCAACGCUGCAUCUCUAUCCUCACUUUCGACCGCUCCUGGAGUUCAAAGGUGUUACUGACUACCUAUCUGCUGAGAUCUCCACCUCCAAGCAGAAGAAAUUCAGCCUGGUGACUUUCGUGGACACUCCGGGUUUGGUGGACGGGGACAUGAUCUACCCUUUUGAUGUGAAUAGCGCCAUCACUUGGUUGGGAGAACAGGCAGACCUGAUAUUUGUGUUCUUUGACCCGAUGGGCCAAGCGCUUUGCAAACGCACGCUCAACAUUGUGGAGAAGCUGAGCCAAAAAUGCGCAGACAAGCUGUUGUUCUACCUCAGCAAGGCAGAUGAAGCUGGGAAGGAGACAGACAGACAGAGAGUGAUGAUGCAGAUAGUCCAAGAACUGUGCCGCCGUCCAGGUCUUAACAAAUGUGGCUUUGAGAUGCCAACAAUAUACAUCCCGAACCCACAGAAGCCGAGCAGGUGUGUGAACCAGAUCGAUGGCGUUUGUCAGACCAUCGAGAAGACCAUUAACCAGGCUGUUCAGAAGACACUGAAUCAGCUGGAGAAAGAUUCUGACCUUAUUUGUUCCACUAUCAGCAGCAGACUAGAGCAGGACAGGGCUGAUGUGGCUUGCAACAAAAGCAUCCGUCUUCAUUCAUUCCUGUGCGGUGCUUUGGGUGUUUUCCUGCCUUUACUCUUCAUCCUCAGUUUUAUUGUGAGCACCUUAUCCAAAGAGCAGCUGGAGGAGCUGUUGGGUGAAGGUGCAACUCGAACCAUCACUAUCUUCACAGGAAUAGUGAUGUAUUUAUGGGACUGGAUACCUGAAGAUGGGCAAGUAGUCUUUGUCAUCAUUUUUGGGGCUUUUUGCUACCUCCUGCUUUUCCUGGCAAAGUAUUUUGCAGGCCGGAGGAAUAAGACUCUGACGAAGAAGGAGAAGAGGACGAUGGCAGAGUACAAUGAUUACAUCCAAGAUAUCGUCAAGACUAAGAAGAGUAAAUUAUAUGAAUGGUACCUCCAGCAGUGUGCAGCAGAAUAUGACCUCUGACCCUGGGUAAGCUGAAGACACUUUGCACCAGUACCUGUAAGCUCGCAGGUGUAAGCUCUAAAUCAGCCGAGAUCACUGCCAGCAAUUAUCAUCUCAGCAGCUGAUUUAAAAAGUGCCUUUAUUACUAAUUAUUGGAGAAGCUAUGAUUGUAGUCGUUUAAUGAAAGUCAGACUGUGACUGGAUUUUUUUUUUUUUUCAUAGUCUAUGGGUAAUUAUUGCGAGAAAAAUAUGAAAUGUUUACAAAUUACAAAUUUUGAACUUGGGGCUGCCUUUACCAGCAAACACAUUUUCACGGUGUCCUCUAUAAAGUUAGUUCUCAUUGUUGUCAUGUGAUCGGUCUUUAUAUCACACUACACUGUCCUGAGCGCAGUGUUACCAGAAUGUGUUUUAAGCAAUAGCUACAAUAACCAAUGCUGUGAUUAAAGCCUGGGCAUUAUAGUUGGACAUCUGAUAAAAACAUGUUUAUUGCGUUGAAUCCUUCUCUUGCUUCCAAAGAGCCAAUCACGUAUUUUUAUAUAUAAAUCGUUGUCGUGUAAUCAUUGUUAGAUGUUCCACAGACUUUAAGUACAGCACAGUACGGUGGCCUAGAGGUGCCACACACAGCAGCAAAAAGAAACAUUUGACGGGAAAGUUGGUGACAACAUUUCUUGUUUGUGACCGGAUAAAAUUCAAGUUCCUGGGAACAGGUUGACUCUAUCAUUAUACGAGCAUGUUUGCCCUACCCCCUGUAGAAACACAAUAUUCCCAUUGUUCAAACCAACAGAGGAUAUUGUAUAUUUUGGCCUUGUGCCACCAUUGUAAUGAUUUACAUGAUCCAGUCAAAAGGCUGGAUUGGCCUUUUGUUCCCGCCUUACGUUCCUGUCCGCUCUCUACUCUUCUAUCAAAUAGAGGCUAUAAAAAUGCCACCUAGAAAUCCUUGCUGAGGAUCUGCUUUAGCUGCGAAUGGUCCCAUGGUGGGGAUUGUAGCUCUCAGCAUAACACAACCUCAUCUCUUUGACCAUAUUUCUUUUAAGUGGGCCUCAGGGCUUUCAAGUAAGGUUUUUAUAUAAAAGUAGCAAAGAAGCUGGAAAUCCCUCCCGACUGUAGCCGGCGAACUUGAUUUUGUCCAGUCACAAUAAAAAAUGUUGCCCCAACGCUUCUGAGAAAGGUGAGUUUUAUUUUUUUUUGUAAUGUUUUUUGUUUGUUUGUUUGAAGUUUCAUUCAGUUCUUGUUGUAGUUUUUGUUGUGUUUUGCACCUCAGGGACACCAUAGUACAGUGCGCUGUCAGGUACCUCUUACUUGUGUUAAUAAGCACUGAAUCCUGCCGGUCCGUUAUUGAUAGAUGUAACUAGUGACACCAUAUACUGCCUUCACCACACUGUUUGUAGAUGUAUUUAUCAGUGUUGACAGAUGUCAACAUGUGAGGUGCUUUUUCUUAGAGAUGCACUGAUCCAAUGCUCUACAUUACCAUUAGAGCUGCUUUUGAGGUUUUCUUUUUUUUAAU